UUAAUUUUUUAACUAAUAUAUAAAAUUCCUAUACUUUACUUUCAUUGGAGAAGUACAGUUGCAUAGUUAAGGAUGAAAACCACAUAAGUAUCUGAAGAGCAACAAAAACAUACAUUUACGAAACUGAUGAAAAAAUUUUUUUGAAAAUCGCUCGUAAAAAAGACUCGUAAAAAUUUUAAUUUCAAAGGUAUACCUUUGAUUAUAAACGAUGGACCGCGCAAAUUUUUCGACAAAAGUAAUUUCUCGUCACUCAACGCGUUAUACGACUUGAUGCACAAAACCUAAACAAAAAUAAUAAUAACAACUCUGACAUUCGUAGUAGCCGGAGGCCGGAGCCGAGUAUUACAAGUGUCACGAAGUGAUUGUGUACACAUGUCAAAUUUGGCCUUCCAGCAUAUCUAUCUAUGCACAUAAAAGACAUAAAUAUUUUUAAGUAUUCAAUAUACUUGUUUCAACAGUGUCGAAGGAAGUAAUUGCGGUUCACCGUGCAUGAGACCUUUUACUGAUGCAAAGAUAGAUUAAUUCUUUUUUCUUAACUUUACAAUGUUCUGUGAUAUAUUUUUUUACGUUCAAGAAAGGAAAUAGUUUAAUGUCUGUUAUCGCUUUUUAAGUAUUGCUGAUUUUACGAAUAGAAAGCGAAUUCAAAAUGCGCUUUCCAUCUAUUAGUUUCCUAUUAUCGGGGAUUUUUAUAGCAUAUGUUGCAUAUGCAAUUUACACAAUAUCUCUACUUUUUAAUUCGCUUCCCUGUUCAUCGAAAGAAACAUGUAUAAAAUCGUAUUUGAGCGACCGCCCCAAAUUGCAAUUGAAUUUAUUUGUAUCAACAAUGAGAAGACCUUUGAGAUCAGAAGUUACGAAAAUUCAUACGGAUAUGAAUUUUGAUUAUAUGCAUGAACAUGAUAUUCCAUUAGUAAUCGACAUUCCUGCUAAGACUCGCAACAAUGGUACUUUAUACUUGCAUGUAAUAGUAUCUCCGCAAUCAUUCAUCAAAGGAGGGCAAUUCAUGGAUUUUAAAGAGGAUUUUCGAUCCAUAUACACACUCAUAAAAUUAACUGAUUAUGCUAUACCCAAAGCUGAAACAUUUAAUUUGCUGGGCGAGGAGACUGAUAAUGCUCUUAAAAAACAAAAAUAUGUUCACAAACCAGUAUUGCAUUUAAGGAGUAAAGUUACUUUUACAGUAAUGACUGAUGAUAUUGAGUUACCAUUAAAUAAUGCACCUAUGGAACUAUUAAACAAUUUGAGAGUGACUCCAGAAAAUAAAUUUUUACCUAUUAUAAACUACAAUUUUUUGUAUACUCGAUACAGAGAUUUAAUUAAGAUAACUGCAAAGACACGCAGUGCCAAUCUCACAGUAUCACACUCACCUAUUUCUCUUGGUAAACUAAGAUUGAUUUUACAUAUUGAAGCAGCUAUGCAAGGUUUUAAAGAAUUGGGUUUCACUGAUAAAGAUAUAGAUGAAGUUAAAGGCAUAUUUGCAGACACUAACUUAUAUCUUCUAGCUGGAACUGUUUUUAUAUCCGCAAUUCAUAUAUUAUUCGAUUUUCUUGCUAUAAAAAAUGAUAUCAACUUUUGGAAAAAUAGAAAUAAUCUCGAAGGGCUGAGUACUCAAACUGUACUGUGGCGAAGUUUUAGUCAAUCUGUGAUAUUUUUUUAUCUACUAGAUGAAGGAUCUUCUUUACUCGUACUAGUACCUUCUGGAAUUGGAGCUUUGAUAGAACUAUGGAAAACUAAGAAAAUUUUACGGGCUGAUAUAAUUUGGAAUUCACAAUUCCCUAAAAUAAAGUUUAAUUUAUCCAAGUGUUCUACAGCAGAAGCCAAAACUAGACAAUUUGAUGCUGAGAGUAUGAAAUAUCUUAGCUAUUUAUUAUAUCCAAUUUUAAUUUUUGGUGCUGUAUAUUCUCUUCUUUAUGUACCCCACAGAAGCUGGUACUCUUGGUGUGUGAAAUCCCUUGUUAAUGGAGUCUAUGCUUUUGGAUUUCUUUUUAUGCUUCCACAAUUAUUUGUUAAUUAUAAAUUGAAAUCUGUUGCACAUCUUCCAUGGAGAUCAUUUAUGUACAAAGCAUUCAAUACAUUCAUUGAUGAUAUUUUUGCAUUUAUUAUAACAAUGCCUACUGCGCAUCGAGUAGCUUGUUUUAGAGAUGAUGCAGUGUUCCUUAUAUAUCUGUACCAGCGUUGGUUGUAUCCGGUAGAUAAGAAUCGUAUUGAUUCUGGUACAUUUGAACAAGACAUUUCAAUAACAAAUGAUGAUUCAGAUAAGAAAAAGAGCUAAUAACAAUACUAUGGUUAAUUUUCAUCAAUUACUUGAUAAGCAAAAAUAAGUACAGAUUAAAAUAAAAAGUUCCAUUACAAUUUUGUGAAUGUUUGGCUUAAUUUAAAUACAGAAAUAAUAAAGGAC